CUCAUAACUUAACCUUUAGAACCGACCUUAGGAGGCACUGCCUGCUUUUCUCUCUGCAGCUCUUUCAUGGAAAUUCGAUGUAUUUUCCUCCUAUUAAUUUAGUUACUUGUUUCCAUUAACAUUAUUGGCAAUACUUUAUGCACCCACGAUUCCGAUCAUGGGUCGAGGGCAAUGCACCCUGUGACUGUUAAAUUCGAAUGGUGCCUCAGCAUAUGGGAAAUCCUUCAAUCUCUGCCAAGGAACUUUCAUGUGCACAUGUUAUGUUGCAUAUUCCCAAGUUGCUAUCCUUCAUCUCCAUUUUAUUUUCUUAGUGUAACCCAAAUAUUUUUUUGAGAAAGAAAGUGCAACCCAAAUAGUGAAUACAUAAGAAUUUGAAAGUUUAUGCUGCCGAGGUUCCAUGGAUAAUUUCCAUGGCCAGCUUCUCCCACCAGGUGUUGAAAGAUUCCCCCCAGCUUCUUCAAACACAGCUUAUCCAAUGCCACCUUCUUCAAGUGCAUGCCAGACUUCCAAUAAUGUUGAGCAGCAAUACUUCUACUAUCACGGUAAUACUAAUUUGUUUCCUGUUCCCCCAUUUAGUGCAACUUGUCAUAAAGCUCCAAACGACCAGUUUCAUUCCAAUUUUCCUUCAUCAACUCCCUUUAAUUUUUCCCAAACGCAACCACCCCCUUACGAGCCUAACCUUAGGCAUAACUACCCCCAAAUAAUGAUGGGCUUAAAUCCCAGCAUGCCAAAUCAGGGGCCGCAAAGUUCUUCAUAUUUUUAUGGUGUUCCACAUGGGGCUGUAGCAUCUGACGGCCAGUCUAAUGGACGAAAUGUUCAUUCGCAAGAAGAAACUCCUCAGGGAGGUGUUCCCUCUCUUUUAUCACAGUCAAGCAUCAAAGACGAAACUCAACAACAUAUACCUAGGCAGGUACCUGCAUCUGCAGAGUUGAGCAUAAAUAAGGAAAUCCUAUUGGAGGAGAAGAAUGCUAAUGUGGAGCCAGUUGGAAAAACAAACAAGUUCACUGGAAAUAAAGAAGUGGAUAUUGAUAGGGCUGCGCAAGAUGCUGUGCUACACGAACAAGAGAUUGCUACACAACAGAUCAUACAAAAUCAGAGGCAAGCAAGGGAUGCUGGACAAAUGAAGGAUGAAAAAGACAUUCUCUCUGAACGCCAUGAUUCCAAUGCUUUGAAGGAAGUUCUGAUGAAGAUGACUACUGAUCAUCGUGCAGAGAUGGCAUCCAAACGUGGAAAAUUUGUUCAGCCUGAUCAAGGCAACGUGGAAAUCGGGAACGGAUAUGGUGUACCGGGAGGUGGUGCUUAUCAUGGUAGCACAAAGCUUUCAAUGUUCAGCAUCGAAUCCAAGAAGGACAAAUCUGGGCAUGCUAUUCUUGGAGUGAGCUCAGAGAAUGGUGAAAUGAGCAAAGAGUCGGAGUGCAUGGUGGAAAGGAAAGAACUGCCUGAAUACCUUAAGCGGAAGCUGAAAGCUCGGGGAAUCCUCAAAGAUGGUAGCACAUCUGGUGGUCCUGCAAUAAAUGAAAAUAAGUUGACAGAUAUUUGCUCAACUCAUGUGACAACAUCGGGAGAGUUGCCGCCCGGUUGGGUUGAAGCUAAGGACUCAGCAAGCGGUUCUGUGUACUAUUAUAAUGAAAGUAGUGGUAAAAGCCAAUGGGAGCGGCCUGUGGAGAGUGCCAUGCAUCGGCAACCACCAGAAUUACCUUGUCCAUCCAUUCCAACUCUGCUGCCGGAUUGGGAAGAAGCUAUUGAUGAUUCAACAGGUCAAAAGUAUUACUACAAUACCAAGACAAAUGUAUCACAAUGGGAGCCACCAAUGUUUUCUGAGCGGGCUAAUUCACAGAAUGUUGAUAGAGUGAACACAAAAACUGGAGCUGCAGAAAAUGGAGUUAACCAAUCUUCCAUAUUUAAAAAGUGUAUGGGAUGUGGUGGAUGGGGGCGUGAUCUUGUGCAGGCAUGGGGCUAUUGCAAUCAUUGUACGAGGAUUCUCAAACUUCCUUACCAGCAGAGCCCACCUCCCAGUUCAAACAAUAAGAAACAAAUGGAUCAUGCAACAGUUCAUCGAGAAGAUGCUGGCAAAAGAGAUGACAAGCAGAGGCCAAGCGGUAAACCACCCAUGGGAAGGGGUCAUAGGAGAGAGAACAAGAAACAUAGGCACUCUGAUGAUGACGAAUUAGAUCCAAUGGAUCCAAGUUCAUAUUCGGAUGCACCUCGUGGUGGAUGGGUAGUGGGCCUCAAAGGAGUACAGCCACGAGCUGCAGAUACCACUGCUACUGGUCCACUUUUUCAGCAGCGGCCAUAUCCAUCACCAGGUGCCGUUCUUCGUAAGAAUGCAGAAAUUGCUGCACAGAGCAAGAAGUCUAACCAUCACUAUGCACCAAUUUCAAAGAAAGGAGAUGGAAGUGAUGGUUUAGGGGAUGCCGACUGAGACAUCUCUCUCUCUCUCUCUCUCUUUCACUCUGGUAUGUUAACAUUGUUCACGGGGAGAGGUUUGGUUGGGGGAUGGGUUGUGUUUGUUGUAAAUUAUAAAUAUUGGUAUAUGUAGGUCAUGGUGUCAUUCUUGGAUAAUGCCAAAGAGUUUUGUAGUUGAGAGUGACAGAUAUUUUGUGAAUUUUUUAUUUUUUUGGAAUAAAGUUGAAUCCAUUAUA